AUGCUGACACGGACUGGAUCUGACGACAUGGCACUCUUGACGGACUCCGAUACAUUACGGAAAGGACUUGUUGCGAGAUCGGACACUGACGACACGGCAUGUUUAACGGACUUGCGGAAGAGAUCUGAUGGAGGUGAGAAGCGAGCUAUGACUCCUUCUGCCCUACCUCCUCGCGUCUUAAGGGGUCGCUUCCUAAAAACGAAGGAAGGCUCUUCUAAGGGCCACUCUGGGGGGGACUCGGACACUGUCUCAAGGCCGGUCACCCCCACUCCCGGAUUUGGACCUAGAGACGACGACGGGUCGAUGUCGGAUGCCUCCAUGCAUUCAACAGUCUCGACGGUGACUGCGACGCCUAUGAAGAGGCCCAGCACCGUCCUGUAUGGAGAAUCGGACGCAGAGAACCCCGCGGGCGCUGUUGCUAAAAAGAAGCCGGCUGCUCGUAGGGGUAGGGGCGCACGUACCCCUUCGUCUGCGUCCGUGAGGCCCGCUGCCAAAACGGACUUGACAUCUGCUUCUGAGGAGGAGCCUUGCCCCGGCCCCUCUUACAGAAAUGCCUUGGUUGGGACGGCUAGGAGCUCCUCUACAAGCCCUAGGCCCACGAUAAACUCCCUGGACCGACAGGAACUCAAGUCCCUUGCCGAUCAGUGCGUUGUUCGACUUUUUAACGUCGCGAAAACGUCGAACAACCUCAAGGGGCCCUACGUGAGGGACAUCAAGGAGGCCGCCCAAACUAUGAGCGACAUAGUUGAGAUGCUCGCUAAUCGGACGGCCUCGGAGGAGUUGCGGCGCUUGUGGGCAAACAAUGCUCGUCUCGAGAACGAGAACGAGCACCUGAGGACCGAACUCAGGGCCCUCAGGAGGGACUUCUCUGAAAGGAAGAAGUCCCCUGCCCGUGAGCCCGCGCCGGCGACAGAGCCUCCCCUCGGCAUCUCGGAUAUGCUGGGAGAGCUGCAGCGGGCAUUGACUCUCACCAUGGGUGAGAUGAUCAAUGCUCGCAUCGCUGGCCUGGAGGACCGCCUUCUUCCGGCAAAGAGGGUCCGUCCGCCACUACAGGCGGACUUAAGGAGGGAGGUGGAACCGGUGGCCGGGCCCUCCAAACCAGCCGCAGCCCAAGCGGCGAAGAAGGCGUCUUCGAAGAAGGACCCCGGUCCCAAGAAGGGCCCUGCUCCAGCGCAGGCCAAGAAGGCCCCGGCGCAGGCCAAAAAGGCUCCGGUGCCGCCCAAAAAAGGAUCGCAGCGUCGGCCAAGAAGGCUGGUCCUAGUGCCACCACAUCCCCUCCGUCCACCGUGA